GAGGAGGAGGAGGAGGCGUGCACGCUGCUGUUUCCUCCAGUAGUCUCGUUCCCAGUCUUUGUCUCCUCACACACUCUUUUGUUAGCCAUGCCUAGCCUGCUGGUGCUCGCGGGGAUCAUGGAGAAGAACGGGGGCUUCGCCGGGGACAUGGCCGCCUCCUCCGGCUCCGGCUCGGGCUUCGGCGGUGGCGGCGGGGGAGACGCCAUGCUGGUGCCGCCCGACGACGAGGAGGAGGACGACUCCCGAGCCCUGCGGGUCGCGCUGGGCCAGCUGUCCCUGCUGGGGCUGGGGGGGGGCGAGGGCGAGGACGGCACCGGUGUCGGCGGAGGUACCGGGGUCGGAGCCCCGCUAACGGCCGGGGUGCAGGACCGGAGCAACAACAAUAACAACCACCACAACCACCAGAACCACAACCACGGCGGGGACUCGGCCGUCCUGCAGGGGAAGAGCAAGCUGUGCGCGCUGUACGAGGGGGAGACCAAGGGACGAGGCUGCAACAUCACGGAGUGCGUCCCGGUGCCCAGCUCCGAGCAUGUGGCCGAGAUCGUGGGCAGACAAGGUUGUAAGAUCAAAGCUCUGCGGGCCAAGACCAACACCUACAUCAAGACGCCGGUCCGGGGCGAGGAGCCCGUGUUCCUGAUCACGGGCCGGAAGGAGGACGUGGCGCUAGCGCGGCGCGAGAUCAUCUCGGCAGCGGAGCACUUCUCCAUGCUGCGGGCGUCGCGCAACAAGCUGGGCGUGUCGUUCAGCGGCUCGCCGCCCACGCCGCUGCCGGGCCAGACCACCAUCCAGGUGCGGGUGCCCUACCGCGUGGUGGGGCUGGUGGUGGGGCCCAAGGGCUCCACCAUCAAGCGCAUCCAGCAGCAGACCUGCACCUACAUCGUGACGCCCAGCCGGGACCGCGACCCCGUCUUCGAGAUCACCGGCUCGCCCAGCAACGCCGAGCGGGCGCGCGAGGAGAUCGAGGCUCACAUCGCCUUCCGCACGGGGGGGCUGCACGACCACAACAACGAGAACGACUGCCUGGGGCCCAACGGCGGCGGCGGGAGCCCGGUGGGCGGCGGCGGUGGCGGCGGCCUGGAGAGCCGGCUGCAGCAGGUCUGGGGGCUGCAGGGGGGGCAGCGCAAACCUCUCACCAGCAGCUACCGCCAGAACUUCUCGGACGCCAUGGUGGGUGGCGGCGGCAGCGGCAGUGAGGGCGUGGGGAUCUACAGCAAGGGCAACUACGGCAGCUCCGGCGAGAAGACCUGCUCCUACUUCGGCUCGGAGGGCGGGGGCAGCUGGGGCGACCCGGACUACCCCAAGCAGGUGGCCUUCUACGCCCAGCAGCGCUCCAAGAGCUUCGGCGGCCUCCCGCUGCCCCUCACCAGACUGUCGCCGGGCCUGACGGAGUCCUGCGGCGUCAGCGUUAGCGUGGGAACCGCCGGCUCCUCGGCGGUCUCCGGCUCGCCCCACGCCCAGGCCCGCCGCGCCCACAGCGAGCCCACCUCGGCCGGCGACGGCUUCCCGGGCCGCCUGCCCGUGCCGGACUCGCCGCCGGCCACCGUGCGGGACUGCAUGACCUGCUUCGAGAGCAAGGUGACGGCGGCGCUGGUGCCGUGCGGCCACAACCUCUUCUGCAUGGAGUGCGCCAUCCGGAUCUGCGAGCUGAGCCACCCCGAGUGCCCCGUGUGCCACACCCAGGUCACGCAGGCCAUCCGGAUAUUCUCCUAAAGAACCACGUCAGUUCUCCGUUUUAUCCGUGUUCAGUUCCUGUUAUUAUGAUUAUUAUUAUUACUAUUAUUAUGAUUACGAUUAUUAUUAUUAUUAUAAAACACGUUUGUUUUUCCAGAAAAAAAAAUCUAAAAGCAAUCAAGCAGAUAUUUUAGAAGGUCCUGCUUGCUUUACUAAAAAGUAUAAGAAAUAUUUUUAAGUUUUUCUUUUUUUAUAUAUAUAUGCAUAUAUAUUUUAUAAAAGUUUUGUUUAUAAGAGAAGUAUAGUACCUUUGGAUUUUCCGUUUUUUUUUUCGACUGCUGCUGUUUUUCAUUCAUGAAUCGCGGCGAAGGCAGGAGUUACGACAGUAAUGUGAAACCUUUUUCUUAUUCAAAUCUUUUAUUUUACCAUGAAGUGGGUUUAUACUGAAGGAGGAUCGUCCACGAACCCGAUCUGCCCCCGACCGACCCAGAACGGCGUUAGCGGGGGGGUGGGGGGGCGAGCAUCUUCAUUGCACCUUACAAUCAUCUCGGUCUUUAGUAGUCAAUCACGACCUCCACGUUUCAGGAGCGGACGCUGGAGGUGGAUUCAACCCGUUUCACUUUUUUCAUUUGAUCGUGGUUUUGACCUAAUCGGUCCGGAAAAACUGAUUACGAAUAAAUGUGGGAGCAGAUUGGUUCUGGUCUGAAAAAGGAGAAAAAAGUCUUGUUCCGUAAAAGAAACCAGAAAAAAAGGGAUGCUAAUUGUGGACAGGAAGUGGUUAAACGCGGCGCCCGGCGGCCAUUGAUCCGGCGGUGCUCGCUGCUCGUGCCACUCGAGGAGCACGCGGACGCCGCCCGGCUUAAAGCACUGAUUUAAUUUGUGAGAGGCCAAAAAGCGCUGGAGUUCAUCCAGCUGGCCGGUUCUCCGGAUCCGUCCCCCCCGCCCCCUCGGGCCCCCAAAAAGCCACCUGAACCGCGUGGUCACUUUGGCUGCUGAACAAUGAAAGCAGGAGCGUCUCUCUGAGGUGUGGGGGGGUUUGAUUAGCGCGUGGACAGAAGCUGAGGAAAACUGUUGAGCGUCUCCAGAAUCGGUUGAGGCGGCACAAAGCCGAACCACCGCCCGCGAGGGGCCUGCUGUCGCCGUGGCCGUUAGCGACGGCGCUAACGCGGGAGCAGGUGCUGCACGGCCCGCCGCGGCCCUGACCCCGGAUUUGAGGUCUCGGCUAGCCCCCCCCCCCCCCCCCUUUUCUUUCUUUCUCCCUUUUCUUUUGGAGGGGAUUCGGUACCCCCCCCAACCCCCCAGCCACAGUCCUACCCCCCUCCCUCCAUUCCCCUUUUGUCGGCCGCGAGUAGCCCGGACACGGCCGGGUCCAUUCAUUCACAAUUAGGCAAAUGGGCUGGUACAGGUGCGGGGUAGGUGGGUGGGGGGGGCUGGGUGCAGCUGGGCUAGAAAAGGAGCCCCCCCACUCUCCAACCAGGAAGGGUUUGGACAGGGGAGGGGGCUCUUUUGUCCCAAAACACCCGCAAACACCAGAUUUGAAAGAGCUGAAAUAAAGACGGAUUUGGGGGCGUGGCCAGACAACCGGUUACCUGGUUCGACCCCGGCAACCACCAAAUUCAGAUGCGGCCCUGUUGACGACAUUUCCGCAAACCCACAACCUCCCCACCCCCGAUAUGUGGGACUACAACUGCCUUUUCACUUUGUCCCCCCCCCCGACUGCCCCCCCAACCCCCCGCAGGCCCAGCGUUGGACCUCAGAACCAAAUCAGACGAUUGUAAUUGACAGGAAAGCGGAGGAAACGCCCCGUUUAACCGGCGCUAACGCUGAAUCGAAUUACACACCCUCUGCGUCUGGGGUUUCGGGGGGGGGGGGGGCAGCAGGGAUUUAAGCUGUUGAAUGAAGGGAGGGGGGGAGGUGGAGAAAGGGAGAAAUGUGACCCCCCCGAAGACCCCUGCAGACUGAACCGUUGUAUUGAUGACUGAAGCCUUUGAGCGGCCGUCACAUGUGGGCCAGGCGUGGCGGUGACGGCGCUCCCAUGAUGCAGCAGGCCCCUCUCCGGCGUAGCGUCGGGGGAUAAUUCAAGCAAAAAGAAAGAGAAAGAAAAAAAGGCCCCUCCUUUAAAAAAUAAUAGGAAUAUAAAGCAGGCGGCCGGCGUGACGCGAGGCAGAAAUGAGGAACCGUUGGGCUUUUUACGGGGGAAAAUUGCACAGUAAGCUUUCGACGUCACACCCGAGGCAGCGUGGCGCUGCUCUCGGAAUAAACUUUUUUAUUUUUGUUUUCUGCCUUAAAUAUUUUUUUAUGAAAUAGUGCCACUGCUUUUUUGGCAUUGCAAGGUAGCAAACUUUGGCCUUUGAUAGUAAGUACCGCUCCCGAGGACGACUUUUUAAAAAGAGAAGAGUUAAAAAAGAAAAACACACAAAAAGACAAAAAAAGUACUUAUUUUUGGAAAAGACGAAUGUGAAUCAAACCGCUUGGGUGGGGAUGACGGGGGAUUCAGGACAUUAGGCUCACAAAACACCACAAGUAAAAAGCGAAGCACCUUAUUAAGAAAAAAAAACAAAAACACACAUUUGAUUAAUACCAAACCGACCGCUGAUGGUGAAAUAUAUUUCAUAAAAAGUCUGAUACAUGCACAUAAGGAUUCCCUAUCAUUAUUUCUUUUCGUAUGUGUGUGUAACGGUGGUUAUUGUUAUCAGUAGUGGCAAUUUUGGGAGACCUCUCAUCCAUUUGGUCAAUGCUUUUGACUUUUUCGGGGGUUUAUUUUGAGUUUUUGCACUGGUUCGAUGAAGAGAGGGCUUAUUGGAGAUUCUCCCGGUUUUAGACGCUGUAUAACUUAAUGAGUAUUGUACUUUAUGGGAAAGCACUCUAUGUAAAUAUAGUAUUUGUAUCGGUUAGGAGCCAGACUUUAAGGGGCCCGCUUCGAGUGAGGUUUUGAUUAUUUUUACAGUCUCAAAAGUGUCAUUGUGGAUGUUUUAGCAGAAAGAGCUCAACGUGUUUGAGUUGCGGGAGAGCAAAUCCUUUUUAUAUAUGCGCCCCGUCAUCCUUUUAACUAUUAUAGUAUAUUAGAUAGAUCCAUACAUGUAAGAAAUAUUAUUUAAGCUGAUUAACUUAGUAUUUCGUCCAAAUAUAGAGAUGGAAAAAUUAACCAGACAGUACUAUAAACUGUAAUAAUAAAUAUCCUUUUAUGAAACCUCUGAUGUGUACAUCCAAUCUCGAGUGAAUAUUGUUUAAUAUGCUCAGCGCUUCAGGACAAAUCGGUUUUUAUUUAAGAGGAGGAAAAGCAAUAAUGGGACGAUAAACAGAGCGGCCCGCUUGGUCAGUUCCUUAAAUAAUAUUCAGAAGAAAAUGGCUCGAUUGUUUCGAUAAAGUCACCGCUUUUCUGUCUAAAACCGGCCUCAGAGUCAGUGUGGAUCCACGCCAGCGGGGAAUCAGAGGUGCAGAUAAUUAGCAGCAGCUUCGGGGCGAGCGGUUGUUGUCCGGGUUUUCUCCGAGUGUCGAUCACGUCCCGGCCCGCUUUCCUUCAGGAAUGAUGAGGCUGCACUUCCCGCCAUCGCAUUGUGCUGCAGAAGUGAUCACUCGAGUGUAAACGAGCAGCCGGAGCAUUGUACGGUCUCUCCCGUCUGUCCGGUGAGCUGCUGGCCUCUGUGGUUCCGGCAGCCUUCAGUGGUUUGGAUUUAAAACGCAAGAGGGAACAAAGAAAGAAAAGAGACGGGACGACAUGAGAUGACGCUCUUUAAUAACCUCGUGUUGUCCGCCUGCUUCAAUUCUCUACAUUAUUUGUAAAAAAAAUUAAUGAAAAAACAAAGAUGAGUUCUGUUUACAUAAGUUACUAGUUUUUAUCAUUUGAUAUUUUUGCACCGCCUCGUUUUUUAUUGUUAUUUUUAUUUUUUGUUACUUUUAAAAAGGAAAAAAAGGUCAGACAUAGCCAAAGAACAAAACAGAAGGAGAGACGUUUUAGCAUCGAGUUUGGCCCAGUUUACAGUUAACUGAAGUAAGAAACGAUCCCACAACUGGAAUUACGCCCUAAAAGUCCAAUUAAUCAACUUCUGUGAAAGUGAAGGCAUAUUGUGUUUCAGUGUUUUAAGAUUAGUUUAGUACUUUAAUACUGCGGAGACGCCGCUGAGGCUACGUUCACACUGCUAGCGCAAAUCUGGGUUUUCAGCAAAACUGAUCAGAACCUGGUCUUCCUGAACUCACUGUUUACAUUGCACUGUACUCUGCGAGCGAUCGGAUAUGUGUGUCCUUGCUAUGGUUGUCUAUGUGGUGUUAUAAAUGACAUAAAAGGAUGGAUAAAUUGUGCUAGCAUCCAACUAGCUAGCACAGCGUGAAUUACUAACUUAUUUCACUUGUUUCGGCUGAACUUUGACUCUGCUACAAAGUUUCGUACGGACCGAUGGAGGGCGUAGCACUCUGUUUCCACUUGCUUCCGACCAGUGUUUUCUGGAGUGUUAUUUGAUUUGUUUAAAAUCGUCAACUUGUAUGAGAGAACUUGUGCGCUGUGCUGGCAUCCAAUGAUAGCAAGCACAGUGUAAACGGGCAGCAGGCCUCUGAAAAAAAAUAACUUGUAGUUGUUUAACGAGGUGGAGUUGCAUCUGUAGGCCCUUAGACACUGGAGGAAUUUUAUUCACGUGGCGGCAGCGAGUUAGUCAUUAGAACCAUCGUCCGUCACUGCAGUAAACAAAGCCAAACUGAACUUCUUUCAGUUGUUUGACUAAGUCUUCCAUGGCAACGGAAAUUGUGUUAGUAUUAGAAUUGAUUAAACCCAUACUUAAGGAGCUGCAUCUCGCUGCAUUGAAUACCAGGGCGAUGGACGAAAGUCAAGUGGAAAUGAGGUGUAGUUGUUAGUUAAGCGAUAGCCAAGGCCAGCUAGCGGAGGAAACCUCCAUUACGCUGGCUGACUUCAUUGUGAAUGACAUCAUAGUUCGGAUUGACACGCAUCUGCGACACCGAUCAAAUUUGAAACCACUUCUGUCUGCAAAGAAGAAAAUAUUACGUUUUUUUGUUAAAAU